GAGCCAUCUUCCAAUGGCAUGCACACCUCGCAGCACUCGUGGAACCCGAAUGCGCCUGCCUUCAACUGUGCAUAUCAUGAUGACACGAGUGCCGCUGUUUCAUCAGACCAACAACUUCGAUACCAGCAGGAGCAGACGGCGCAGAUAAUGAUGCAAAUGCAAUCCCAAGCCCAAGCGCAACAAGCGCAGAUCUCGCAAGGGAACGGACCUUUGCACAUGGGGAUGGCCCUGCCUAUGGCGAUGCCAGUGCCUGCGCAAAUGAUGCAAAUGAGCCCAGGAGUAGCUACACGACCUAGCGCUGCUAUGCCAUGUAUGAUGAGCGGGCCCGCCCCGGUGCAGCAGAUGAUGGCUGCAGCUACUAAUAUUGCUGGAGGACCCACGAUGCUGGGUAGUAGAAGCAUAGCGCAAC